UUUAAUUCUGUGGCCUUGGCUUGCCUUGUUUUCUUACUUGAGGCUUAAUAUAAGAAGUGUGCCUUAAGAGAAAUAAUUCCUGACAAAACGAGUGAUGGCAAGGAUUCUGUGGGAUACUGGUUGAUAAGAAGGACAUGGAAGGAGACAUUUUUAUCUCAUGGCGGUUUGUCUAUUGUGCCUUUUUGCUUUUUUUUUAUCUAGUAGGUGUUUCUACCCAAGCUGUGUUUGCUGGGUCAGCAAACAGCCCUCGUCAUGAUUUCUCUGAAGAUUGGAUAUAACUGCUUGUGUAAUUUCUUUUUUUUUUUUUUUCUCAAGUAUGUGAUAGGAUUCUUUUAUUAUCAUUGUUGAAGGCUUUACAAAGUAAAACAGAGAUGAUGAUGAAAACUAGAAUCACUGAAAAAGCAGUGGCAGGCCAUUCAAGAUAAUCUUCUUUCUCCUGCUGUUGAGUAGGUUUUUUGUUUUUCUUCCUUAAACAGUGUCUUUCCUUCCCUGCAAUGUCUGGGCCAGUUGUAAGCUCGUGAGAGGAGGUGUGGUACUUUUGUGCAGUAUCUGAGAGUAAACUAAAAUCUGUGCUACCUGAUCUGUACUGAUAGGGUGCUUUUUCAGAGUAAUAAUCCUGACUUAGAUAGAUAAGGUCUAACUGCUCAGCUUGUCAUGUUCCUCAUUUUCUAGAAUUAGUAGGGCAUGCAAGCCUCAGCAUGGGUCAAAAGGACUGAAGUUGCUAUUCUGCAGUUUGAGAGGAAACACUGCUGCUGAUUUUAUCUAGUACAGUUUAUGGUGUUUUUUUUUUCUUUUUUUUUUCAGGAGCUGGAAGAAUAAUUGUAUUGUGUGAUUUUAAUCAGAGCAAUGGAAAUCCCUUGCCCUCACUCUGCUCUUGUAUGGGACACUUAUUUUUCUGAAGUGUAAAUCUCAGUUUUCAAAUGUUGGCUUUCUUGCUACCAGAAGACUUGUUAUAGGGAGAAAAGGGGAUGUUAGAGGGGCUGUCAGUUCUUUCUUCAUAAUUUUAAAUACCAGCAAAACUAAGAUUGCCUGCUUGUGUCUGUGCCUGAGAAAAAAGAGGCUUUAAUUGAGCCUUGAUUUGGACCAUUUUAACUAAAAUGAGAGUCGCCUUUCAGAUUUGGUGGGGGUUAUUUUCUGUUUUGCCCUUUUGUAAAAAUUCCUUCAUCAGAGUGGGUCUUGGUGAGAGGCAUAUCUCUCCCAGAAAGAGGGCUGGCCCUCUCUGUUUGGGGUGGUGGGUAUGUGUAUCACUGUCUUGCUGUGUGUUUUGCUCAAGGUGAGCAAAAGGGAGAAAGAGUUCUUGGACUGCUGGCUUGAGUCCAAUAAAUGGCAUUGGAUGAAAGAACAACAUAGGAGAUACUGAAGAUGGAGUAAGUCUGUAAAAGAGGUGAUUAAGCACAUUAACAAAUAAUGAGACCCAGAGUGUGUGACACAGGCCCUUUACACUGACAGAGCCUCAUGACUUAUUCAGAGGCUGCAUUCAAGAGAAACUUGUGGCAUGUGUGUAUGUUUGUGGUCACAUACACAUGUGCAAUUGCAGACACCCUUGCUCAAAAAAGUAAGAAUUGCUUCAACUCAGGAGGGUAAAAGGCUGUAUUUGUAUUCCUCAGUCUUUUGUGGUCUGACCAUGGAAUGUUUGCUGAUACUGGUUCAGUGCUGAAGGUAGGGAUGGGAAAGAUACAGUCAGAUGAAAAUAGGAGAAAAAAGGGGCUAUUAUGUGUCUGUGUGCACAGGGAAAAAGGCACACACCUCUGACACUGUUGUAUGGGCUGGUGAAAGUGAAUAGAAGCGAUAUCAAAGGAAAAGGAAAAAGAAGAGGAGGAAUCUGGAAUGAGUUUAAGAACUGAGGACUCUAGGCAUUACAUGGGAACAAGCUCCCAGGACUCCAGCAAGAACUCCCCGUGUGGUAUUGUGUAGCCAGGAUUGCAAAGAUCAGCUGCUGCUCCUGCACCACUCACAGUACUGUCACAGUGGUGACUUAAGUGGGUGAAUCGUCCUCUUGUGCUUAUGAGAAGCUCCUAAAGGCUCUGUCCCCCAAAUCUGAGGUCAGCAAGCUGCAUUUCAAACAUGCCACUGUAUGACAUUGUUUCUUCCUCACAGGCUUGGGUUUGUUUUCCUGCCAACUCUCUGAAACCUCUGGGAAAGCAGGACUAGCAGAAAGCUUCACAGAUCAAUUAAGUUUUUAGUCUAGGUAGCAACCUCUUUUUUUUUUUUUUUCCCUUCAAAUGGAUGUUUUCCCCAUUAUCUCCCCAUGCUCCAGCACUUCUGAAAGGGACUGAUCAAUGAAGUUGCAAAGAGGGGGUUUAUUACUGUGUCUGUAAGGACAACUCCUGCUGGUGUUAGAGAGUAUAAGAAUAAAGCAUUAUAGAGCAGACACAAAUUACUGGCUUGUGAGUAAAGAGGACAGUUUGCCACAUACAAAAGUAAUGAUGUUUUUGGGGUGCAAGUGGUAGGAGAGUCUGGGAUGACCCAGGAGGCCUUUCUAAAUCUUGUCAUGCCAGAAACUGUGUGUCUUGAUCUGGUUUUCCUUCUGGAUCAGUCUUUUUGCUAUGGUGAUAAUGAAUGCCUCCUCUCUCCUCGUCUGAAAUGCUCUGAAGUAUUUUUUCGAGAAAGGUGUUUGGAUUUUGGUUGGGUUUUUUUUGUUUUGUUUUCUUCUGAUUUUUGCUGCAUAGGGCUGGCACCAAGUUGUGUACCAGCUUGCAGUCAGUCCCUUGCAGUGUUGUUCUGUGAUUCAAGGCAAUGACUUCUGAAAAACUCUUUCCCACUUUCUAGCAUUGUGUGUACUCAGCCAGCGCCUGUUAUUCAAAGGAAAAUUCUGAAAUGUCAGCAGCUUGUUAUCAUUACAUCUCAGACUGACUAUCCACACGCUAUUUGUAUUUCCUGCUUGAGUGGAUUGUGUGUCUCGACUGAGAGGACAGCAUCUUGAAGCUGUUUUUUUUUUUCCCAUUUCCUCAGGAAUAGCUAGAGUUUGUGCUAUAGACCUUUAUAAACUGGUUUCAAAUAGGAAUGGAUCAAAAAUUUGCAUGCUUGCUCUUAACUUUCCUGUUACUGUAGAAUAUUGCCCUAUGUUUUUAAACUGUGGCUUUCAGGACUACAGACUGACAAAUUAAGCCUUUGUUCAGGUCAUGGUUCCAGUAUGUGGCAGUGGAAGAGUGAAUCCUCCAUAACUAAAAGAUUGCAUAGGCGUCUGGACUAUGGCAAUAACAGCAAAAUUAACACUUAACAAGCACUUGUCUGCCUACUGGUACAUGCCAAGCCUUUGUACAAACCAAUGAGCACUGAAAAAAAAAACCUGAAAGUAAUAAUAUAUUCCACUCCUUUGUCUCCUCCUUCCUUCUAAAUUUACCCCUUUUAAAAAUAGCCACAGGGACAGUGUUUUAUUUAUUCCUCAGGUUAGAGCCAUGAGUGUCAGAUGUCUCUGCUCCAUUCUUUCUGUGUACAGACAAGGGUAAAGACAAUGCCUGAUUUUUGUAUGGGAUCCAAGCAUCUCUUUUACAUUGGGUUUCCUGAGGUGAAGACUGGAAAUCUUCAAGGAAGCUAGAACCUUUUGUUUAAUGAGAAUUGUUACUUAAUCAGAAUCCUCUUUUAAAAAGGUAAUGGAGCACCUCACUCUCAAGACAUCUCUAUUCACAUGGAUGAGAAGAAGAUCAGGAGUAGUCAGCAUGGAUUCACUACAGGGAACUUAGAAGCAUUCCAGGAACUUGUUUUGGAGACCAGACUGUAUGUUCAUCUCCGUGUAUGUGUGUGGGUGUUCCCUGGUCUCCUGUUGGAUGAAGCAGCCAAACCUGUUGGUGGAUCUCACAUGCUAAAGCAGCUUGAGGGGGUGUCGGUAUUGGAAAAAGACACCUUUAUUCAACUUGUACCCAUUUACUUUAUCUCUUAGUGGGAAAUGCCGCCAGGGCUCUAAAUUGAAAGCCAGCUGUCUCAGGGUGCUCAGCUGAUCAUGUGUUCCUGGCUUUUGCUACAGGCAAUGCUCAAUGUGGUUCCAAGGAGAUGCAUUUGUCUUUGGUUUGUAUCAACAGCAGUGUCCCCAGGUGGUGAUGGCAGCAGGUUCUGCACUGCCAGGGCAUGCUGUGUUUCUGACUUCUGACUGUCUAUGGCCAAGGGACAUUGACUGCAGUCUUGAAAACCUUUUUGGAGUCAUGGCCCCCUUGCCCUGACAGUUGCAGUGGGUUAUGUGAGUUCCACCAAAGCCCAACAGCUCCUGGAGGACACAAGAACCUCUCUGUUCCUGAGCGAGCCUCUCUCAGGCGGCCGACCGGCUGCUGCUCUACAGCACAAGGGCAGAACAAACAAGGAAGUGGGUGCUUCCAAAGGCCUCAGCAUAAGAGUGUCACUAACACUUGGGAGAAGAAGGCUGGGAAAGUCUUGAUGUUCCCAGUGACAACAGAAGAAGGCUGCUGGGGCCUGUCACCACCUGCAGUGACUGCACAACAAUGGGACACCUGCACCCCAUGUCUCUUCUGUGGAUUGCAUCUCCUCUCUCCAUGGCUUGUGGAAGGAAUGUGUGAAGGGAUGCAACGCCGUGUUUUGUGUGAAAUGAAUGCACCUUGCCUGGUCACAGAUCCUCAGGAGGGCUGGAUGAAGGCAGCUGUGAGGGUGGCAAGGCAGCCUGCUGGGGUGGUGUAGCUCUUCUCUAGCACACAGCCCACAGUGUUUGCCUCACAUUCAGCAAUGCUGAUAAGGAAGAAGCUGCUGCUACCUCAGCAUAUCAUAUUACUCUCCUGCUUCAACUCCCUGUCAUUUCCUGACUCCUGUCAGCUCCACCUGCCUUCCACCCCAGCAGGUUAUACAUGCAGACCAUGAGACCAUGCAGACUCCACUCCUUCAUGGGAGGGGUGAAAGAAAGUGUGCAAAAGGGGAACGACAUAUGUAGAAAUUACUUCAGAGGGGAAGGUCCCACACAGUCAGCUCAGGAGACAGUGCCUUCUGAGACUGCUGGGAGAAAACUGUGACAGUGAAAUCUUGAGAGAGGUGGCCUUUCACUUUUAUCACCUAAGGGGGAUGUGUGAUUAUAGACAAAAGCAGGCACUGAUUUUGAGAGGAUGCUGCAGGCUGGAGCCAUCCAGCUUCACUAUUCAGAAAUGACACCAUCAAGAGCAGACCAGCACACAGCAGCAGUGAAACUCAAGGAGAUGCAUACUGGACAACCUCACUCCAGGAGGCACUUGCAGAAAUCGUUUUGGGGCUGACUUAGAAACUGGAAAUAAUAAUUAUAAUAACAACAACAACAAAAAUAAUAUCAACAAUUUUGUCUUUCCUCAUUAAAGACUGAAAGGGCUUUUUCAGCACUAAAAUAUGUGCAGACCUUCCAUCUAAGACAAUAUUAAGCAAGACUGUUUACUUAUUAUAUUACUGUGUUAACUCUGUAACUGAUUAUGUCACCAGAAGUCACAUGGCAGUCUUAGAUUUUCUUUUCUUCCUCCAGAAAACUAAUGUGGAGUGUGCUUCUCUUCAGAACUGAUUUUCUCUUCCAAUUCUGACUAUCCAAACAGUCAUUCUGUAUCCUUCAGUCUCCAGUCUCCUGGUCUUUGCAGGGGCAGAUCCUUUAGGGAAUUCUAAUGCUCAUGGUAUUGCAAGAAAGAGUCCUCUGCCACUCAAAGAAUCCUGGAAAUCAAGGAAAACCCUUUGGCCUGGACAGCAAAAGCACCAUUGAUUCUUCUGGUGCUGAACAGAGAUCUCCUCUUGAGGUUGGUGGCAACAUCCACAAUGGUGGUAUUUCAUUUGAGGAAGCACAGCCUCUAGGCGAUGCAAGACAGCCCAUCUUCUACAAGAAGAUCUGAUAUUUUGAACUUCAUUGGUCCAAGAGUAUGCAGUGCCAUCACCCCUGAGGGCCAGCUGGUUUGGUGGUACAUGCCAAGGGAACUGUUUUCAGCAGAGCCAGUUUAUCUGAAGAAACAGCCCCCCAGCAGUAUGGAUCAGUUGUCUCACACAAGUGACCUGAGGCUCAAACGAGGAGCCUCUGCGGGGACGGACCGGACCGCGCUGGGGCUCGGGGGCAUCGCAGGAGAGGGUGUUCCGCUUCAAACGGGCGCAGAGCCAUGUGGAUAUAAAGCCUGGGGCAGCAGCCCGGCAGGGUUGUUUAGCACAACCACACCUCCACUCACUUGGCAGCACGGCCAGGCACUGCCGGAGUGCCGGCAGCUGAACCCCGAAGUACCCGAGUGCGGGAGCGAUCUGCCGAUGGGCCCCCGCCUGCUGCUGGUUCUGGUGCUGCUUCAGGCAGUUUGGAAAGGUGCUCUGGGAAAGUCCCAUUCACUGCACACUCGAGGAAUCAUUGAACUGGCUGGAGCCAUAACGUGUGGCACGGGACGGAGUCCCUUGGCAUAUAUUGGCUAUGGGUGCUACUGCGGACUGGGAGGACGAGGUUGGCCUAAAGAUAAAACAGACUGGUGCUGCCACAGGCAUGACUGCUGCUAUGACACGGCAGAGAAGGAAGGCUGCAACCCCAAGGUGCAGCGCUACCAGUGGGAGUGUGAGCAGAACACUGUACGGUGCGAUAACCUGACAGACCGAUGUGAAAAAAUGGUGUGCCUGUGUGACCAAGAAGCAGCCAAGUGCUGGGGAGCAGCCCCAUACAAUCCUCACUUCAUCCUCUGGCCAGACUUUUUAUGUGGACAGACUCAUCCCACCUGCCAUGUCAGAUAUGGAGGGCCAGAAUAGUCUUUUUAGGACCUUUCUUCGAACAAUUUGAACUUGAAGGUGGUGGAAUAAAAUUUUUCCUCAUUUUCCAGAUCUAACAAUGGUGUGAGAG